AUGACGGGCACUCAGUCGGAUUUGGUAGUCUGGUAUAAACUCGAGACCGAAUUCUUUCAGGAUCACGUCAGACACACGAAAUAUGUGGAGGAAGCGAAAAAUAGGGAAAAACAAGUGAAGGAGGAUUGGAGCAAUUGUCGGGAGCUCGGCAAGGGAGGUUUCGGUGUCGUCCAUAAGCAGAUUCAGAAAACUACGGGCCACUAUCGCGCGGUGAAGACGAUUGAUAAAACGGUAUCUCGCGGGCUCGAUUAUUCCAGGGAGCUCCUUGUGAUGGCCAUAUUGGCAAAGGUUUGC